UGUGUCUGCAGAAAGGCUUUCGUUCCUCUCACCCUGGUUACAGUGAUGACUCUCGUUUAGCUGCUGGUCUACUGGCCACUUCCUGCUGAAAACAUGGAGCGGUACGACUCUGACACGGAGAAGGACGAACAGCAAAGGCCGCUCCUUCACCGAAGACAAGACGACAAAGUCCAGAGAGCGCCAGCAUGCUGUUCUUCCCGCUACGGCUUGGCGCUGCUCUCCAGCUACGGGUUCUUCGUGGUCUACUCUCUGAGGGUGAACCUCAGCGUGGCGAUGGUGGACAUGCUCAACAACACCCAUCAGUCCAGCAGCAACCACAGUGGCUCGGUGUGCACCCCCCACGGCAACCCCGUACCACCCAAACACAACCAGUCAGCCGGUGUGUACAACUGGGACUCUGCGACUCAGGGAUGGAUCUUGGGCUCUUUUUUCUACGGCUACAUCCUGACGCAGAUCCCCGGCGGCUACCUGGCUGGCCGCUGCGGAGCCAAGUGGCUGAUGGGAUUCGGCGUUCUGGGAACCGCCCUCUUCACGCUGCUCACGCCCCUGGCCGCCGACCUGGGCGCGAGCUACCUCAUUGCAGUGAGAGUGCUGGAGGGGGUCGGAGAGGGUGUCACGUUCCCUGCAAUGUACACCAUGUGGGCAUCAUGGGCCCCCCCGCUGGAGAGAAGCAGACUGCUCACCAUUUCAUACAUUGGGGCCCAGCUGGGGACCGUCGUGGCUCUGCCUCUGUCUGGUGAAAUUUGCUUCUACAUGGGCUGGCCCUACGUCUUCUACCUCUUUGGUGCUGUUGGCUUGGUGUGGUUCGUCCUGUGGGCUUUCCUCGUCUUUGACAGUCCAAACAGUCACCCCCGGAUAUCAGAGCAGGAGAGGCUUUACAUCACCAACUCUCUGAAAAAUGAGCUGUCUACCUCUUCAGGCCACAUCCCGUGGCGAGCCAUCGUAACCUCUAUGCCGCUGAUGGCCAUCGUCGUAGCUCACUUCUCCUACAACUGGACCUUCUACACGCUCCUCACUCUCCUGCCGACUUACAUGAACGACAUCCUGGGAUUCAGCAUACAGCAGAACGGGUUUCUCUCUGCUCUGCCGUACCUGGGCUGUGCUCUGAUGGCCGUGCUGAGCGGCCAAGUCGCCGAUUACCUGCGAGAGACUUGCCUUUACCCUACAGUCAUCGUCAGGAAGUCCUUCUCUCUCAUUGGUAUGAUUGGGCCCGCCGUGUUCCUGGUGGCAGCAGGUUACACAGGCUGUAACUACACCUUGGCCGUGACCUUCCUCACCAUCUCCUCUGCUCUGGGCGGAGUGUCGGCCUCUGGCUUUAACAUCAAUCACCUGGACAUCGCUCCUUCGUAUGCUGGUAUCCUGCUGGGAAUCACCAACACUUUUGCCACCAUCCCUGGCAUGGUGGGACCAGUCAUAGCAAGAGCUCUUACACACAGUAACACUAUAGAGGAAUGGCAGACUGUGUUUUACAUCGCCGCUGCCAUCAACGUGUUUGGCGCUCUGUUCUACACCGUGUUUGGACGAGGGACGGUUCAGCCCUGGGCGAUCCACACAACCUACUCCCACGGAGACUGAUUCAUCCUCGCGUCCAUUCAGAGAGAAAACUCUGUAAGAAGUUUGUGCUGAUGUUGAGCAGCAGAGUUCAUAUUUUCUGACGUAGCCAUAGUAAUGAAGACCCAUAUUGUAAUGAUGUUAAAACCUGACUUAAAAAAUUCUACCUUAUGAUCUUAAGAAGAAAAGAGCUAAAAACAGUGUAUUUUUUGCUCCGCAGAGGACAGUAGAAAGGGAAGCUGGUUUUAGUUAAAAGGUUGACAGUUUCACAGCCACAGACUAAAUGUUUGAGUAAAAAAUGCCAAUGAAUUAGUCUGCAUUGUAACCAGUUAUCUAAGCUUCAUUGGGAGCUUAGCACAGUGUCCUCCAAGGCAAUGAAGCUACACAAUCAAUAAUGUUAUCAUUGCUUUAAUUGUGUUAUUACUCAAAAAUCCGUUUCUUGGUUUUUUUGUUUUGUUUUUUAAACCAACAAAGAUCUACACUAACAAGAGGGAGAUUUUUUUCCCCCACUGUUUUGUGUAAAGUUUAGUAAAACAUUUGUACUUUGCUACAACAACCCAGAUGACAAAAUCUGUAAUUUGUCACAUUUUUAUCUACAUUUUAACUCUGUACCUGCCUCCUUUUGCAUAUUUGAGGUGGUUUGUUUUAGGACUGGGACUAAAGAGCCGGGGUGUGUUUGUUUUACAGGCUUUCCUUUAGAAAGAAAAAUUAUCUGAGCUCAUCUAAGGAGAGGAAAGAAACUAGCCUUAUAUCAAGGUCGCCUUAAAAAGACUUUAUAUUUCUGUUUGUUGUGGUUGCCUUUUUUUGUGAUGUAAAUGUGAAUUAUUCGGGAAUUAUGUCUUAAUGUUUACUUUUUUGUUUUGUUUUGUUUAAUUGAGGGAUCACCGGGGCCCUCCUUGGAGUUGAUAAUGCUCAUCACAUGAGAAAAACGGGUUACAGUGUUUCUUGAAAAUAAGCUUCUUGUUUCUAAAUAAGGGAAUUGCAGCUAAACUCUAAAUCAGUGAUUCAAAGGAAGGGCACUUUUUUUCUCAGGUGUUUUAUGCCAUAUAUGGAUUGAAAAGUCAAAUAGUUUGUCAAUUGAAUUAGAUCUAAUUUCUUAAAAUUAAGUUUACUUUAGUUUUUUUUUUUUUCAAUUGACAUGACUAAUUUAAACAUGUGAUAUUGAUAUUGCUUUUCACACGUAGCACCACAAUGGGAGUAGAAAUAAUGCACUUAUGCCUUAAUUAAGACACUUAUGCCUUAAUUAAGACACUUAUAUUCCAGCUCUUUAGAUACAUUCUGAUUAUAUAUAUUUUUAAUCUUUGUUUCUGUGUUGAUAUACAAGGAAGCAAAGGGACUUUGUGUAUUGUGUUGUACUGUAAACGGAUAUGAUGGUAAAUAAUUGUAAUGGAAACAUUCCAGAAAAAAUGUCUUUAUUCACCAUCAUGUAAUAGAAAUGUAUCAAAUACAGCCAGUGACAAAUCUGACAUUGCUUUGGGUUUUUAUUUCCCAAAGAGUUUAUAAUCUGUGAAGACUUUAGAGGUUUGUAAGAGAACAUACAUCAUGAAGACCAAGAAACACCAGGUAUGAUUGGGAUGGUGAAGUGUAAAUUAGGGCUUGUAAAGCAUUCUCAAGUUUUAGGAAAUUUGGGGAUUUGCUUAAUCCAUCACCCAAAAGUUGAAGUAAAACCAGCACAACUCCAAACCUGCCAGGUUACGCUCAUCAACCUCAAAGGAACUCAUCAUUUAUGCUGGAGCUGCAGGAAACUGUCAUGAACUCCACAAACCAUGUCUUUCUUCCAGAGCUUUAAGGAGAAGGUAAGUGUUAAAAGGAAGCAAAACUGGGUUUUUUUUUCCAUAAGCUAUGUGGAGAAACAGAAAAUAUGUAGAAGAAGAGCAGGUGUGAGAUUAACUUUUUGUCCAACAUGGAAAAGCUGCAUUUUGAACAAAAUUGGCAACACAUGAGGGUGAUAGAAUCAUGCUGUAGGAAUCCAUCGUUUCAGCAAUGAUGGAGAGGUUGGUCAGAGUUGAAGAACAGAAUGUCAUUUUCAGCUUGAAAAUACAGCCUACAAUGCAACGUUUAAUUUCAGUCAAAGCAUAUCUACUUAGGAAGGGUCCAGUCAAAGUCCAGGUUUAAAUCUAAUCAUCUGCAGUAGGACUUCAAAAUUGCUCCUGAUGGAGGAGUAUUGCUCCCCAUCUUCAUUGAUGCUGUUAUGAUACAUACCCUCAAAAGUUUAGAAUGUGUGAAACUUAAAUUGUGUAAAUACUUUAACAAAUUUUUUACACUUAUCACAUUUUGGUCAAAUCCACCAAUAUUUUAAGCAAAUUAUGUGAAAUUGGAUUUAGCGCUUUUUCCCCCCCUUUACACCAGUCUUCACAGUUGGAGUAAUCAUGAAUGAUUUACUACGAAUGACGCCUGGAACCAGACUUCUCGUCAGUGGCUCGUUAAUUGGCGGACAGGCGCAGUAGAAAGGCUUAAAGGACGGCUGGGUUCAUGGUAAUCCAACUACAGAGCGUCUGGAGAGCAGUUUACCUCCUGGAUAUUGUUGCAGCUUGCUAAACGCGUUUUCUCCGCCCGGACAAACUUCUUAGACACUAAAACAAUGCGCAUUUGAGGCAUUUUAAUGAUCGGACGCGCA